AUGAUAACAGAAUCAAUAGAUCUCCCACUUCCAGAAAAACGCCCAAGACCUUCAAAUGACUUCUAUGAAAGCAUGAUUUGCCUUAUCUGCUCAGAUUUCUUCAAGCCCCCUAUAGUGCAGUGCAGCAAAGGGCAUAGCUAUUGCCAAAGUUGUGUUCAGCGAAUGAGCGAGUCACAAAGUCCUUGCAAGUCUUGUGCAGUCUGUCGAUCCCCAAUCUCAAGUGAGGUUAGAAAUUAUCCUCAUUUAUUUUUCAAAGCCUAUUAUUUUACUAUAUAAAUUUUCUAUCUUAUAUAAUUUAAGCAUUCGUCGAUUUUUAUUAUAAAAAUAAUGAAUUUAUGUAUUAUAUAGUUUAGAGCAGCUUCUUGAUAAAUUUACAAUCCAAUGCAACUGGUCUUCAAGAGGCUGCACCAAACAAGUUACUCUAUCUGAACGAUUUGAGCAUGAAAAAACUUGUGAGUACAGGCCGCAAGUGUUUUGCUAUUACAAAGAGCUUCAAAAAUGCUUAUGAAGAGGAGACCCUGGCCUUAUAGCAGACCACUUAACAAAUUGCCAUGAAGUCCAAGAGCUUACUAGAGGAUCCCUCUUUAGGUAUCUAUGAAAUCCUCCCUCUGAAAGCAUAUGAAGAUAUAGCCCAAUUUUCAUUAUCUUAAUAAAAUUACUAAAAAAUAGCCCCCUAUAUUAAAUUCAACAAAAAGAGCAUAGAAUUUCGCAUUUUAAAACAAGCUGUAAGCUUAGACUCUGAGCCUUUUACCUUUAUUCUUGAGCAUUACUAUUCCUCGGAAGAAAAAAUCCUAUGUUUCCUAGUCAGAUCGCCAAACCCAGAUGUGAGGAAAAAAUAUCGCUUAUCAAUAUUGAAUAGAAAUAAUGAUAACAAUAGGAUAACUUUUGAAAGCUUUACUGUGAGUUAUGAAGAAGUAGGGCAUAUAAAAGACUUUUUAAAAGAAGAUUUAUCAAAAAUGUUGUUAAUCCCUUUUAAACAAAUACAAAAUUUUUGCUUUCUUUGUGAAGAAGACAGGGCUUUAUACUUUUCAUUACACAUUCAUUUCAUUUAA